CUCAUUCCAUUCCACCUUCAAUUUUCCCAGUCACAAUUCAGAUCGAAUUAUCCUAUUCUUCGACUGAUAAUAGUGCCUGUUGAGACGAGAUGGGUGAUGGAAAUACCUUUGACAACAAAGACAACACGGUUCACAACCAGGCUGGUAGUCAAGUUGUUUAUGGCAGUAUUUAUAAUAAUACUUUCUAUACCUAUGAUCAAGAUGGCGCGCGACAUAUUGUUGAGGAUAAGUCUCAUCUUGAUCAGAAGCUCCUAGAAGCAGCCGCCAAAGGGGAGACUGCGAAAGUGGAGCAUCUACUGGACAACGGCGCAAACGUUUCGGCCGCGGAUUCGCAGGGUCACACAGUGCUUCAUGUCGCUGCAUCUGGGGGGCACGCUGAUAUUAUCAGCAUCCUCUUGCGGCGAGGGGCUGACAAAAAUGCGAGAAACCGCUCUAAUCACCGUCCUUCGGAGCUAGCCAGGUUGCUUGGUCAUAUUCCCCUUGCGAACAAGUUGGAGCUGAAUUUGCUUUGA